UACAUCGGUUGAUCUCCACAAAAUCUCCCUCCAAGGUAAACUAGAGAGGGAUUGAGUGCAAGAACAUGCUGUCUACAUUGACCGAUGGGCCCAUAGAGGGGAACAUCUUGCUGACGCACUAAGGUUGGAUGGGGACAUGACGUACCUUGCUGCUUACAUGGCGUCGUGCCGAAGCACGAUCAAACGGUACAUUACACGAGAGUCGGCAUAUUGGGAAAUCCUAGUUGAGUCCAAUGUGGAAUUACUAUUGCAAUGCCAACUAGAUUCCGAAAUUUACAACCACCUGACGAAGACGUUGGAUCUUGUUGGAGAGUUGAGCCGAGCGGCAUUGGAGAACGCGCAUGCCACGGCGAGUGAGACAACCAUACAGGUUACAGGCCGUGGCGAGCUAGGUGGUGGGUCUGGAAGGCGUGGAUGCAGUGAAGGUCGUGGGGGUCCUAGAGGUCAUGGAGGUGGUUUUGACGAUGAGGAUGACUUGGAUGAUGAGGCGUUGGAGGGCGAUUGGGACACAUACAUGGAUGGCGCCGGGUCAUCGCGAUGCACAUCUGAUGCCACUGCCCAGCCAUCCCACCCCGUUGACCAUGACGAUAGUGCAGAACACACAUCCCAUGCUCAAGCUCGCCCUCGAUCCCCAUUACCCACUCGGCUGUCUCCCCCAUUGUUUAGCGGCUCUGCCCACGAGGGUGGCUGUAUAUUUGUACCCUCACCUGACCUACUAACCCCACCUGUAGUUUAGGCUGGGCCCACCCAAGAACCUUCACUUCCUAACCCCGACGAAUCGGCUGCACAGAUUGAACAAAUAUGGAGUGAAAAUACUGAGUUGGUCCAUGGGUUAUGAAGAUCACUCCACACUGACAUACAUCCCCUUGCUUGCGGGACCAGUGACGGUAAGAUGAGACCGGCCAAGGCAGCUGUGAGGAAACGAAAAGAUCGCUGAAGCUUGGCAUGAUUUGGAGCAUAUGGGGGUAAAAUUCCUUCCAAAGCUGGUUUGGCUUAUGCUUCUUUCUUACUUCGUUAGGAAUUAACAACAACGACCACCAAUUCAAACUUGUUUCGCUAUGUUGAAGAUGGUUUUCAGUAGGUGUUCACAAGGGUUUUAUGGACCAAAUCAUAAUAGGACGUGGUCUAUUUAUGGGGGUGGCAGAAUUUGUACUAGGUGUUGUGGUGGGUUAAGAAUUGAUGAAGCUUUGUGGAACUAGAGUUUAUAAUUGUUGGACAAAGGAUUAGGGUCUUGCUUUACAAAUUUUCUCUAUUCAUUGUUGGAACUAGAGUUUGUACGAGACAUCAACUCUCCUUAGGGCAGUGGAAAGCAUCAUUCAAUUAAAUAGGAGGUAAGGGCUUGGGUUGAUUUCGUGGGAAUUUUUGCACUAAUGCCAAAAUAAAAUUCUAUGCAGUCAGUGAGGGAUGUUUUCUUAACAGGAAUAAAUGGCACUGUAGAAAAGCUUAGGGUGUGAUUUCUGUCAUGUUUUGUUCUGACUUGUCAGUUUGAACCCUGCAUUCUACACUAGCUCCCAUUUAACCACUUAUUAAUAUUGGGAGUUUGGGUCCACAUGUGAG